ACCCCUUCUGUCUCUGGUGUCCCAGCAGGUGAGGGAGACGGAGACAUGGAUGCCCAUGAAGACCACACAGACGGCCGCCACGUCAACACAACGUGACAGCCUGGAGGCAUCAGGAGACUCCCCGCACAGCUCAGACUUCGGCUUCACAGACGAUGAAGACGACGAAGAAUACUACGAGGAGGACGAUGAUAACUACGAAGACAUCGACGAGUUCUACGAUAACGAUGACGAGGAUGAUCUGGAGUACGACGAGUCCUCUGGAUCUGGUGACGGAGCAACAACAGAGUCACCUGUAAGAGAGUCCAAGCCUUCAGUUAAGCCUGAUGUGAACGACAACAAGAUCCCAGAGGUGGGGCGCCCCGACCAGCCGGCCGUCAACGAGGUGGAAAUCGUCCAGAACAGCAACGAAAUCCCCGUGCUGAAGAAGGAGCCCGAGCCCGGCGAGGAGCUGCCGUCCAACGUCCUCAUGUCACACGCCAGCGACGAGAGCAUCUUUAACAAGACGGAGGUCCUCGCAGCUCUGAUCGCGGGCGGCGCCGUCGGCCUGAUGUUCGCCGUUCUCCUCAUCCUCCUCCUCAUCUACCGCAUGAAGAAGAAGGACGAGGGAAGCUACGAUUUGGGGAAGAAGCCCAUCUACAAGAAAGCCCCCACCACAGAGAUCUACGCAUAGACCCUGACCUCCACCUCCCCCCCCCCCGAU